AUGCCCGUAGCAGUGCCUCCGACAGAGGGUGUAGAGUCCCCACCUAAGGCUCCCGCUUCGACAGCGACAAAACCGCGAAAACGCUUCGUCGGCAGCUCCAAGACGGCCUCGUCCUCGAAGGGCGUAGUCAGGAAGGUGGCCAACCAGGUCCCAGAUGAUAUCCUGCAAGACCCUGCAAUCAAUGCCGCCAUAGCUGCUCUGCCUGGAAAUUACAACUUCGAGAUCCACAAGACGAUACACCAUGUCCGCAGAGAUGGAGUCAAAACUGUUGCUUUGCAGAUGCCGGAAGGACUCAUGAUGUAUGGCUGCGCCAUUGCGGAUAUAGUAGAGCGCUUUACUGGUGCGCUGCCAAUGUUGCUGGCAGAUGUCACAUAUGGUGCCUGUUGUAUCGACGACUACACAGCACGAGAAAUGGGUGCCGAAAUGAUUGUACAUUAUGGCCACUCCUGCCUUAUCCCUGUAUCCCAGACGACACUCAAAACUCUCUACGUAUUUGUAGAAAUCGGCAUCGACACUCCCCAUCUUUCCCUCUCUGUCCGCCGCAACUUUCCUUCAUCCCGUUCCGCUUUCCAGCGAUUGAUUCUUGGUGCCAAGGAAGCAGCCCCGGGUGGCAAAGUGCCCAUAGCAUUAGAAUCAUCAGACGCUGAAGCGAGAGAUCAGUCUUCUUCCGUUGCGGAGGAGGAUUUGCCGACGAGACUGGCGCUGGUGUCCACUAUUCAGUUUGUCGCCGCAACGCAGGGACUUCGACAGGAUCUGGAGAAUGUGAUGCCGCCUCUGGAGAAGGAGCAUGUAGAAGAAGGAGGAGAGGAACAAGAUGGGAUGAUGGUCAAGGUGAAGAGAGGAGAUAUAGGAGUAUGGAGGGGAAAGUAUGAUGUGACAAUUCCUCAGGCGAGACCCUUGAGUCCCGGAGAGGUUCUGGGCUGCACGGCGCCGAAGCUGAAAGACGUCGAUGGUCUGAUAUAUGUGGGUGACGGCCGAUUCCACCUCGAAUCCAUCAUGAUCGCCAACCCCUCCGUCCCCGCCUUCCGAUAUGACCCCUACUCCAAGAAAUUCACGCGCGAAACAUACAACCACACCGAGAUGCGUGGCUUGCGCGGAGACGCCGUCAAGAGUGCAAGGAAGAACCUAGCAGACCACGGGUCGGGCAGUUGGGCAGUCUUGUUGGGCACUUUGGGCAGACAGGGCAGCUUGGCGGUUUUGAAGAGUGUACAAAACUCGUUACCAGAAGGGUCAUUACCUCCAAUGCUCUUGCUGCUAUCCGAACUAUCACCAGCCAAGCUCGCCCUCCUGCCUGAAGAGCAAAUAUCAACAUUCAUCCAAACCUCCUGCCCCCGUCUCUCCAUAGACUGGGGCUACGCCUUCUCCCGUCCACUGUUGAGUCCCUACGAAGCUAGUGUAGCUGUCGGCAGGAUCAGAGGAUGGGAAGGGCUCACUCUCGAAGCCGCUUCUUCGGGACCUUGUGCCUCGGGACAAGGCUCAUGCGGGUGUGGGAAGGAGGAGGAAGGGCAGUCGUGCGGGUCAGGCAAGGGUGGUGAAGGUGAAGGCAUCAUGCAGCGGCUCGAGGGCGCUGGGGAGUAUCCGAUGGACUUUUAUGCGGAUGAUUCGCUGGGUCCUUGGACGCCGAGACAUCGUCCGCCGAGGGAGAGGGCGGCCAGGCCGAGGCCUCUCAGGAGCGCUGUUGCUUAG